AUGAAGCCAGGCACAAGCAGCUUGCGGGUGAGGCUGCCCGUGUUAGUGUUUGCACUGGAGGUGAUGAUCGUGGGUCUGUUUGCUACUUUUGUCACAUACGAUGACAACGCUGAUGCCAAAUUCCAGAACAACGGGACUAACCCCAUGGACAAUGCAGUAUAUAAGGAUUAUCCUUUUUUUGCAGACAUACAGGUGAUGAUAUUCAUCGGCUUUGGCUGCCUGCUGGCAUUUUUCCGCCUCUAUGGUUUCGGGGGGAUGGUCUUUAACUUUCUCGUGGCCACCUUUUCCAUCCAAUGGGCCAUUCUAGUUCAGGGAUACUUCCAGUUCAGCAAUGAUGGUAAGAUCCAGCUCGGCGUGAUAAACCUCAUCAAUGCAGAGUUUGCCUGCGCCGUGGUGCUCAUCUCCUUCGGGGCAGUGUUGGGGAAGACGAGCCCACUGCAGCUGCUGGUCAUGGCUCUCCUGGAAGUGCCAAUAUUUGCUGUCACGGAAUGGGCAGUGCUCAAGUACCUGAAGAUAAAUGAUGCUGGAGGCUCCAUACUGAUUCACCUUUUCGCCUGUUACUUCGGCUUGGGAGUCACCUUUGUGUUAUACAGACCUGGCCUUAACAAAGGUCACGCAAAGGAGAACACCAGCUAUCAAUCGGAUAUUUUGUCUUUGAUGGGCACCUUGUUUCUCUGGGUUUUCUGGCCCUCCUUCAACUCGUCAUUAACCCUAAAAGGCGAUGAUCAGCACAGGGCCAUCCUCCACACCUUUAUUGGCCUCUGUGCAUCCACAAUCACUGCUUUUGCUCUCUCUGCACUACUUAACAAAAAUGGAAAACUCAGUAUGGCUGACAUACAGAAUGUGACCCUGGCCGGAGGCGUGACAGUUGGAGCAUCCGUAGAUAUGAUGAUUUCACCGGCUGCGGCGUAUGCCCUGGGCAUGGUGGGUUGUGCCGCAUGUAUGCUAGGGUACAAGUACUUGAGCCCUGUCUUGGCACACCGCUUCAGAAUACAGGAUCAAUGUGGAAUACAUAACCUACACGGUCUAACAGGACUCAUAUCUUGUACUGCUGGAAUUUGUGCAAUAAUGAUGGCUAAUGAGGAAGUCUACGGCCCUAGUUUGUAUGAGACUUUUAGUCACAGAGCUCCAAAAGAAGGGGAUCCUAAGUUACUUGAACUCCAGGCUUUAAUUCCUGGUCUGCCGCCAGGUUUGGGGAGGACUGCCCGAGAACAGGCUCUUUUCCAGGUAGCAGCCAUGUUCUCUACAAUAGCAGUGGCAGCAGUUGGAGGCUUGCUCACAGGCGUGGUCUUAAAAAUGCCUUACCUUGCCUCACCUUCAGAUGAUUUAUGUUUUGAUGACCAAUUAUACUUUGACAUGCCACUCGACAGUUACUUACCACUUAAUCUCAAUAGAUGGUCCAAUGAAGAGGAAACUACAACAAAAUGUCUAUAG